GACAAUCUACCUUGGCCUCUUCCUGGAAUGACUAGGCCAAAUUUUGUCGCGUCUAUGUCUAUGAAAACUAAGCACCCGAUCGUUCAAUCUGAUGAAAUCGCCCACCAUGAGUUCCUAUUUGGUGGAAUAGCUUACUCCGUUAGCGUUUGCACUCUGUUUCCGCUGUACAAAACUAUUUUCUUUCAACAGCUCGACGGAAUACCAUGGAUACAGGCUUUUUGUCGACUAAAACAAGAGGGAAUCCGAAUGGUGUAUCGUGGCGUUCUUCCACCUCUUUUACAACGCUGUUCUUCCGGAGCUGUAAUGUUUGGUGUACAAAGUUUGUCCGAGAGAACUUUACACAGAUCACAGUUUUCCAGGAACCUAACUCCUGGUCAGGCAAGAGGUUUAUCGGCUCUCUUAGCUGGAUUUUGCGAGUCACCACUCAUGCCCUUUGAACGUGUUCAAACUCUACUUCAAAACCGGAACAAUUUUCCUUCCUAUCGAAACACAUUUCAUACUCUCUCUUCGCUUGCCACAAAUCAUGGAAUAUGGGAGCUAUAUCGUGGUCUCACACCAAUUUUGUUGCGUAACAGUUCUGCUAAUGUGCUUUAUUUCUGUGGUCACAAGUGGCUAAAUGAUAUCCGAGUACAUCCUGUGAACGAAAGUGCCUUAGACCGUGGUUUGUGGAACUUUGCUCUCGGUGGCCUUCUUGGGGGCACAAUUGGUUUCAUAACCUUCCNGAACGUGAUAAAAACCCGGAUGCAAUCUAGUGUUGGUGGCAAAUUUGAAACUCUGCACACGGUCCUCGUCUCCCUUGUCUACCACCGUGACGGGCGUCUAGAUAUUGCCCGUCUUUUUAAAGGUGGACCGGCAAAUUUUAUGCGCUCCAUCCUAUCCUGGGGUAUCAUUACAAUGACUUAUCAUUUUCUUUUGGAGUCGUACUCAGGAAUAAAGCCGUGA